AUGUUAUUAAUAUUAAUUCUUACCACAAUUCUGGCAAUUCUAAUCGUUCGACAUUAUCAAAAAGUCAAAAAAUUGCCACCUGGACCAUUUUCUUUGCCAUUAAUUGGAAAUUCUCCACAAAUUGUUUAUCAAUUAUGGAAGACUGGAGGAGUUGUUCCAAUGUUGGACAGUUUUCGCAAAGAGCAUGGAAAUGUUUUCACCCUCUGGUUCGGACCACUUCCUCACGUGAGUAUUGUGGAUUAUGAAACGGCUUAUGAUACUUUUGUCAAGCAUGGGAGUCGAUAUGCUGAUCGGAUGAUUCCUGAACUUUUGGCUAUGGGUAGAGGUGAGUUUGGGGAAUUUUUGUUAAAUAAAAUGAUUUUAAUUUGUUUUAGGGAACACCGGAGUCUUAUUUUCCAAUGGUGAAACCUGGCAAGAAAUGAGACGAUUUAUCCUAACUACUUUUCGAAAUAUUGGAGUUGGCAAAGAUGGAAUGGAGGAGAGAAUCUUGGAGGAAAUCGAUAUCAGAUUCAAAGAGAUCGACGAAAUAGCUAUCGAUGGAAAAACCACGCUAAAUUCCAAGGAUUUCUUUGAUCUGACAAUUGGCAGUGUUAUCAAUACAAUUUUGAUUGGAAAACGUUAUCAAGGAGAAAGCAAACCAUUUUUCUUUGAAUUGCGCGCACUUCUUGAAGCAUCUAUGGAAGUUUUUGCUCCAGCUGAUUUGACAGUACCACUAUGGUUCUUGAAGUAUUUCUUCCCUAGAAGAUAUAAUUUGAUCAAAAAAGUAAAUGAUAAUUUAUUUGAGUAUGUUGGCAAAGAAGCUAAGGAACGCCUAGAAGAUGAGAACAAAUUUAUUGAUCCUGAAAAUCCUCAAGAUUUGGUGGACGCGUUUAUUUUGAAAAUUAGAGCUGAUAAUGGGGCGAACAUAUACACUUUGACGAAUUUGCAAAUGAUUUUGAUGGAUUUAUGGAUAGCAGGACAGGAGACCACUUCAACAACUUUGAUUGCUGGAUUCAAUCAACUUAUGCACAAUCCUGAGAUUAUGACAAAAGUUCGCAAAGAGGUCAGGAAUAUUACCAGUGAUGGAAGUCGCCCUCUUCUCUAUAGUGAUCGUGGGGACACACCAUAUCUCAAUGCAGUUGUCGCAGAAAUCCAGCGCUUCGCUUCAGUUCUCAAUGUCAAUUUCUGGCGAAUCAAUCACGAGUUAGUCGAAGUCGCUGGUUAUCAAGUUGAUGGUGGAACUAUGAUUGGUGCACAAAUUGGCGGUCUUCAUGUUAAUGAUGAGAUUUUUGGAGAUAUCACCAAGUUCAACCCGGAUAGAUUUUAUAAAAACGAAAAGCUUAUCAAUCAAUUAAUCUCGUUUGGUGUGGGUAAACGAAGUUGUGUUGGUGAAGCAUUGGCGAAACAGGAACUCUAUAUGGUUACUGGAAAUUUGAUUUUGAGAUAUAAUAUAAGUCCGGCUGAUGGGAAAUUGCCGUCAUUGGAAGAGGGAAGACCAUUUAGUGCUUCGAAAAGACCAAUUCCUUCGAAUUUGGUUUUUGAAAGAGUUGCAAAAUAA